AUGACAGAUUCAGGGCCCGAUUACUUAUUGACGGGACCUUCAUUCCACAUUAGCGUGGGAAGGAAUCUGGGACGGCGAGAGAGAGACGCCCACGGGACGAAAGAGGUUUUCUUGGGUGUGUGUGUGAUGAUGAAGGAUUUUCUGAUGUACAUCCCCCCCACUCGCUCCGACAUGUCAUGCAUGUCUCGCCGAUUGUUAAUCCCCGGGAACAGAUCGGUACGCCAUGAGUUAAUUCCCGAGGACGCGGAAAGUCCGGCUGGGGAACCACAAAGUGAUCCCUCGACCCGGCCGGAAGUUCAGUUUGGGGCGGCGGGGAAAGGCAUGCCGGGACUGAUUAAACAGGAAUAUGAGAGAGAGCGAAUUCUUCAGAACCGCAUGAAAUUUUUAUGGAGAGGCAGUCACCAUGGCUUUGAUAUCAGAGUUGCGUCAAAAUCUGUCUCUUGGAUACUCGGCUAUGGAAGGGCCAUGCCGCUCGGGUCAUCAUGGGCGGUUCUGCCCCCUAGCGCUUUUGCGCUACUAGGAGGGGAGCGUCAGAGAGUAGUGCCAAAUGUGCGGAUGGCUAGCUCCAGCUCCAUCCCUACCUUGGGACGAGGCCUAGGCUGUCAUUUUUUCAUGUAUCUUAAGGGCCUCGACGAUGGAUGGAGGGCGGCAAAGCGUCAUGGUGGUGACGCGAAUGGUAGCCCUGUGAGCCCAGAAAAGGCUGGCCGAAGGAGUGCGGGCUGA